AUGGCGAGCCCGGGCGGCGGGCACGGCGCGGCGCGGCGGGGCACGGCGGCGGCGGCUCCCCCGGCGCGGGCACCCAAUCCCGGCCGGGCAGCGCCUGCACAUUCCCGGCCAUCCCGGCUGCCGGCACAGUACGGGCCAUCCCGGGCUGCUUCCGUGCCCCCGGCCGGCCCGGCGGCCGCCGCGGUACCGAGCACCCCCGCCGGUACCGGCAGCUCCCGUAGCACCGACCCCGCUGCCGCGGCGGCGGCUUCCUGCACGGUGCCGCCCGGCCCUCCUCCGGUACCGGCAGCUCCCGUGGCACCGGAUGCCGCCGCGGCACCGAGCAGUUCGGCCGGCCGGGCCUCUCCGGCUGCUCCCGGCUGCCAGCGCGCUCCGGGCGGCUCCGGUCACCGGGCACGGCCGCUCCAGGCCCGCGCGGCCCCGGCCGUGGCGCUGCUCCGGGCGGCUCCGGCCGUGGCGCUGCUCCCGGCCAGGACCGGCUCCGGCAGCCCCGGGGCCACCGGCGCGGCCCCGCCGGGGACGGGCGCUGGGAACGUGGGGUUACCCGGCUCGGGGGGCUGUGCGCAUCUCCCGGAUGGCCGCAAUCCGAGGGGUUUCACGCCUGUUUACAGAGAAAUAUAA